ACAAAAUAGGAACUUGGUCUGGGAAAUGUCUUGUAAUCAUAAUUGCUAAAGUUAGACUUACAACUUCAGAGGGGUUAUCCACAGAAAAUGUUGGUAACCCGAAAACCUCCGCUGUACAGAGUUUGCCGGGAGGAGCCCCUCCCUUCUGCUCCCUGGAAGUUUUGAGGCAUUGGCAAAUGUCCUCCUCAGAAUCCCAGCGGAUUCAGUCCUUUCCCUCUUAGAGCCUCUGCCUCUCCACUCUGCCUCCGCCCGGCUUCUGAGACCCUCCGGCGCCACGGUGGACUACAACUCCCGGCGUGCCCCGUGCUUCGCGCUGCUCUGGGCUUCGCGCGUGGCGGCCACCCGGCGGCUGGGUGGGAGGUAAGUGAUGGGCUCGCAGGCUGUCCUGGGAACACGCCCGCCCUCCUCUCCAGGAUGAAAGGAACCAGAGAACACCAGGAUAAGAACAAAAACAAACAAACAAACAAAACACCCAAUUUACCCCAAACGCCCGCCCUGCGGUCCCCGUGAGUUCGGUACCCCGCGGGCGAACACUUUGUCACCUGGAGUGGAGCAGGGCAGAGCUGGCGGGACAGGGCAGGUCGUAGGUGCUAGGGUCUGCGCCACACACCUAGCAACUCCCACCCAACACUGAGACCGCCCUGUACUCCCUCAGAAUCUCAGAAGAAACUUUUCCCUCUGUCCCACGCACCACCUCCAGUUGCUUAGACGACGCUGGCGGGGAAGACGCCCGUGCUUUGCCCAGGAGACGCCCUUCGGGACGCGUGCAGCUCUGCCCUCGGGGACUUCGGUCCAGCACGGGACCAGGUGGAAGGUUCCUACAGAACAGCCUGGCUUUCCUGGGCCGUCGGUGCUUCCUGGAGGGAGAAGACAAAAUAGUUUGAAACAUGGCAUGGCUGCAGAAGAGCAUUAAGACCUGUGUGGCAACAGGGAAGGGUUAGGGGAAGGAAGCAGCUAUGGAAACAGCUUCUUGCUUGUACAAGGCAUGUGCAAGGAGAACUCUGCCUCUUUGGAAGUGGGGAAUCAUCCCCUCCCGCUAAUUGCGCUGAAGUUGCGGAAGUAAAGGAACUCUGCCCGCUGCCCCAUGCUCUCUGUCGACAUGGACAACAAGGGAAAUGGCCCUGUCGGUGUCAAAAAUUCCAUGGAAAAUGGGAGGCCUCCCGAUCCUGCAGACUGGGCCGUGACGGACGUUGUCAAUUAUUUCCGAACAGCAGGAUUUGAGGAGCAAGCCUGUGCAUUUCAAGAACAGGAAAUUGAUGGAAAAUCCCUGCUCUUGAUGACGAGAAAUGACGUGUUGACAGGACUUCAGCUAAAACUGGGGCCUGCUCUGAAAAUCUAUGAAUAUCAUGUAAAACCUCUUCAGACCAAGCAUUUAAAGAACAACUCUUCAUAGUAAAAUCAAACUGAGGUCUCAGUCAAAACACACUGGGUUGUAAUUUAGUUUCAUGUUGUGAAACUCUGCAAACGGAAUACAUAGAUGUGCGUACGUAAGGAAUUUCGAUCCAACAAAGUGUUAUCCUAUUGGAUAGACUAGGCAAUCCAUCAGCUGGCCUGACUCAGCCUGGAGGAGCAAAAACAGAGCGGAUGUAAGAUAGUUGUCCUUGUCAAACCAAGUUGUCAUGGAUGCUUUGGUACCCCUCCCCUCAGGGGCUUUGGUAUUACAAGAACUUUCUUUGUUUCAUCAUAGAGUGGUUUCCAUCAACUCCCUUAAAAAAGGGUAGAAGUGGAAUGUGUGUCCUUGGGCUACAGACUUAGAAAUGAGAAUGAACAAAGCUCUCUGGGGAGGGGAGGAAGGGAGGAGGGAGGAAGAAAGGAAGGAGGAAGAAAGGAGGGAGGAGGGAGGAGGACUGCCCUCUCCCUGGAGUCGUCGCUCUGCUCCUAGACAUAUGUUCUUUGGAUGGAACUGCCAAUACCCUUUUUUGUAGAGGGUUCUCCACUUGACCUUGUUAAGGUUUCACAGGGAUGUGCUGCGCUGUGUUUGAAUCGAGCACGCACUAGACCCCCUCUUCAGGAGCAGAACUCUCUCUGAGGAGAGAGACUUGUUUUGCACUGGAGAUAUCUAUCGUGAUCAACUCACUGUCACCGGGGUAAGAAUAUUUCCUGCUUACGUCAGUUCCCUAUUGCUGAAGAAAGCACUGUUUUGUUUUGUUUUUGUUACUUUGAUUUUUUAUGAUUUAUAUUUAUAAUAAUUUCUUUUUGAAGCAUUUUGCCAAGAGCUAAUAGCUGGUCCCAGAGCUUUGUUGAUAGCACAGAGUAUUUUUAUAUAUUUUAUAUUGUUUAUAUAUAUAUAUAGCCCUCCAUGAUGCUGUAAUUGUUUUUUUGGCUGUCCACUGCUGUGUUUGGUCCCUGGUUUGAGUACCUAUCUUUCAGAACUUGAAGAAGUAGGUUUGCUCCAUCUCUGUUCCAAGAGACACUUAUGAGUGAUGUAUGGCCAUGUCUCAUCAAGUUGGUGAUUGGUGAUUGCAAUAAAACAUCAUUUCAGUUCACCAA